ACCAGAUCAGAUCAGACCAGACCAGACGGGGGUCCCGACGAGAUCAGACGAGACCAGGCGAGACCAGACGAGAAGAAAAGGGAAGAGAAGAGAGAAGAAGAAGAGUUCGGUAACGGAUGCUAUCCGAACGUAGGAGUUUGCACCAACUCGGACCAACUUGACGCCGAUUACGGAACCAAAAGACGUACGAAACCGUGUCACCGAUCAAUUCGGUCGAUGAAAGCACGAAAGUAUGGACGGGAUGAAAGAAAAAAAAAAAGAUGUCGAAGAUCGAAGAACACCCGUACAGCCGGGAUGUGCUCUUGAGACUGAGCUAGAGGACGCAUCUCGUCGCGACGUCGCCGUCGUCGUCGCCGUUGUCGUUGCCGUUGCCGUCGGCAAGACGUAUCCGUCGGCCUCCGGCUGGAUUUAAUUUUAACGCGUACGUCGUUAGACGAGCCUCCGAGUUUCCACUAACAACGAACACAAAUACGUUACUACAUCAACCUCUCCUCCCCGUUCAACUCCUUCUCGCUGUCUCUUAUGUUUCUGCAUCAAUUGAUUCUCACUAAGCUUUGCAAUUGAUUUCACUUGACCCGGUGGUGCAUCCUACCGGCAGUGUAUACCGAUCAGGCUCACAACUCACAACAAUUGAAAUAUCUGCAGAACGUAGUCGUAGUUUCAACUUCUCUUAUUCUUCCUCCGUAUAUCCGAAAUAUUUGUCGUUUAAAAACGCAACCGUUGCCGCACAACUUUUCAUUUCCUUCGCUUUCAUUCUAUCUUCGUUAAUACAAUGAUUCGGAUUAGGUUCGAUAACAAGAGUUACUUUCAUCCAAAUGAUUACUAUCUUGUGAAAACUCGAGCGUCUGUUCGAAGCGUUUGCUACAAUGGCUACAAUGGCUGAAUGAUAACGGUUGCUUUUCAAUUUCAUAGCAGCGAUUCUCGAGUUGCCGUUCACGGGCCCCCGGGGUGUUCGACGGUUAAUACUCGUUGUUAAACAUUCUCUAGUGCGAGUUCGUAAUCAUUUGUAUAGCUAGCAGUAGAUAAACAGUAUAUACGUAUGAAAAUAUGUACAUAUUUUCUUGUCUUCUGUAUCGGGCAAGCAUACAAACUUAACGGUUAGAUAUCGGCAAACCAAAAAGGGCGUAAUUUACCUUCUCGAAAUAAAUCAAUUGCCUCUAACGAUAAGAAAUGUUUCCGCUUAUAUGAGCUUCCAGUUUCGGCACAUCUUUCUGAGCACAAUUAUUUUAGUACGUACAGGGUGCCUCCUAAAUUGUGAUACGCGAGCAGUCAGAGUCGACGAAUGGCGUCAGCUAAUUCUCGAGAACGAAUCUUAGUCUUGAUUACUCUUCUUGAUUUCUGUAUUCCACGUACUCGUUACAGAUGUUAUCAGUUGCGUACCUACUUAAACUUGCCGCCAUUUGAUCAACUUCUUCACGCAACGUUCAUCUUUUUCAUUCGAAUAUGUCGCAUCAGCAACCAAAAAUCAGUUUCAAAAUUCAGGAUAGAGAAGAGAAGUGUGUAUAAUCUUCCAUCUACUACAUAUGUAAUAACAGAGUUAACUUGGUAUGUAUGUAUGUACAUAUACGGAAUAUUAUGGUACGAUAGGAAGCCGAUCGAUCGAUUUUAUGAAAACUACCUUGUACGUAAUUGAGAAAGAAUGGUUGUUUUAACACGUACUCUAGGUUAUGCAGAUAAAGUAGUUAAGUUGGCAAGAAAAUUUCGACGUCGUGGACUAAUUGACAGUUUACGCGUACACGUAACCGGAGGACCUGGAGGUUCCGGACUUCCUCGUUACGGUGGAAUAGGUGGUGCAGGAGGAAAUGUAUUUAUUGUAUCGAAAGAAGAUUUAACUCUGGAAAAAGUUAAAUCUAAAUUAAAAAGCUUCAAAUUGAAAGCUGGACCAGGCGGUGAAAGUACAUCGAGAGGAAUUAUCGGUACCCCUGGAACAGAUCUGAGUAUAAGUGUUCCAGUAGGUAUUACCGUUUAUGACGGCAACAAUGUCAAACUUGGCGAAGUAAAUUCAGAAGGUGCAAACGUUCUGGUUGCAAAGGGUGGUUUAGGUGGUUGCGAAAGUACAGGAUACUGUGGACUUAAGGGUGAAAGUCGAACCAUAAUUCUUGAUCUAAGAUUAAUUGCAGACGUUGGUCUGGUUGGCUUUCCUAAUGCAGGGAAAAGUACUUUCCUAAAUACAGUUUCUAAAGCAAAACCAAAGAUUGCUAGCUAUCCGUUUACAACGAUAAGACCACAAAUAGGUAUUGUAAACUAUACAGAUCAUAGGCAGAUUUCCAUUGCCGAUUUGCCUGGUCUAAUCGAAGGUGCUCAUAUAAAUAAAGGAAUGGGUCACAAAUUUUUGAAGCAUGUAGAAAGAACAAAACUAUUAUUGUUCAUUGUAGAUAUACAGGGAUUUCAGUUGUCUCAUAAGUACAAGCAUAGGAGUUGUUUAGAAACUAUACUUUCGUUAAAUAGAGAAAUUGAACUCUACAAACCGGAUUUAUUAAAAAAACCUGCGAUGCUUUUAAUAAAUAAAAUGGAUACCAAAGAUUCAAACAAAACAUUUAACGAAAUUAAAUCAAAAUUAAAUAAUUUAUCACAGAUUGCUUCAGAAUUCGAUGAAUCUAUAGAAUCAGAAAAUUUUUUACAGUUCGAUGAGAUUUUAGCAACAUCAUUAAUUUCAAAGGAUAAAAAUGAAAUAGAGCUAAUUAAAGAAAAACUACGAGAUAUUAUUGACAAAUAUGAAGAAGAGAAACGCGGUUCUGAGAAUUCAGUGGAAGAUUCGGUGGAAGAAACCUUACUGACGAAGCUGAAAAGAGGAACGCAACGGCAC